AUGGAUAUUGGAUGGAUUAAUAUAAAUGAUAUUACAAAGGUUGAAGAUGCAAAGAAGAGUUUGGCAAUGUUGAUCAGACGCGAUCAUCAAUUAGAUGUAGAGUUGAAACAGUACAUUCAGAUGCGUGAUGACAUUGAAAGACAGAUGGAUACAUUCGAUACCGACAUUCCCGAUUAUCUACAUUUGUUACUCUCAAAGUCAGGCCAACUCACCAAGCAGAUUUCAUCGACAUGUAGUCUGGCAGAGCUGCUCUCUUCAAAAGUCAAGAAUCUAGAUCGUAUUCGUGAGAGACUACGUGAUACUCUAAAGAAAGUAGAUGAUAUCAUUGAUUUAAAAAAUUGUAUUGAAGGUGUACAGAGAUCUUUAGGAAUUGAAGACUAUGAAGCAGCUGCCAAUCAUGUACAUAGAUAUUUGAAUAUAGAUCAAUCGGUGUUAGAACAAUCGAGUAUAGAGAUGCUAAAUGAUGCACAGACAAAGUUGUUGUCGAUGAUACAACAGAGGUACGACCAAGCAUUGACUGCACACAACCAAGCCGAUGUUCUACGAUUCUGUAAGAUAUUCAUUCAGCUUCAUCGAGAGGAAGAAGGUUUAGAAAAGUAUUGUGCAUUCCUACGUAUUGAAGCAUCUACUACAUUAGAUCCGUUAAUAGAUCAAAGAAAACAACAACAACAACCACCAGCACAACAACAAACACCUAAACAACAACCGAUUUCAUCAAGUCAAAUAAUUACAAAAGUAUUCCAAUUCUAUGCGUCUUUGAUUGAAGAUCAUCUAGAGAUUGUAAAGAAUGAGUUUGGCAUUGCGAUGUGUCCAUUGUUCUUGAUGUCUAUCACCAAACAGGCUGACUUUUACUCUGCUCGUGUAUUUUCAACAUUCACUGACCAGUUUAACAUUGUUAGGAGUGUAUCUGAUGUGGUUGCCAUCAAAGAUCAUCAUAGUUCAUCUUCAACUUCAAGUGGCCGUAUAGAUCCAAGAGCAUUCGCACAAGUACUCGAUGAAAUAGUGGCAAUGAGCAAAGCAACCAAAUUCUACGAGAAGUACUUAUUGACCAAAGAAAAGAUACUAAAGGCUGAGAUUAAACAAACAAUCGAUACGCUCAUCGACGAAGAGAAUAGCAUAGGUAGUAUAAUUACUACUGAUUCGCAUCAUGAUGUUAAAGAACAACAGCAACAACAAUCUAUACAACAAACAUCAAAUGAUAGUAAUAGUAGUAAUAACAAAGAUAGAAUUAAACUUAGUAGUAUAGAGCAAUUACAAAAGAUCAAUAUAAAGACAACAAUGUACUCAACUGAUACCAAACAAAAGAUGAAUGAAUUACUUGGUAAUUAUCUACUAUUGGAGGAGUACUUUAUGGUUGAGAGUUCACACAAAGCUAUUCAACUGGACGAGCACUCUGAAGAUUCACUCACUAGCAGCAUGGUCGAUUACAUCUUCUUUGUACUUCAAAAAUCAUUACAACGUUCAAUCGACUCUUAUAGCAUACAAACACUCAAUGUCAUUUCAAAUAGAUUAAUUAGAAUAUUAAUUCAAACUCAAGGUACAUUACAAAAGAUGUUUAGAGAACAAAUAAUGAAAGCAACUAUUAAAUCAAAUAAUAAUAUUGAAUAUAGAGAAUCGAUGAUUGUAUUAAAUAACAUUGAAACAAGUUCAGAGUAUAUAUUAAAAUUAAAGAAAGAGAUGGAGUUGAGAUGUUUAAAGGUGUUUGUGUUACCUGAGGAGAAGGAUCAGGUCGAGCUGCAAUCGACAGAGUUUUCAAAUGUUGCCAAGUCGUAUAGUCGUUUGUUGAAUGAGGAACUAGAGCAGAUCUUCAAGAGUAUUCAACCAAAGCUAAAGAAUGCAUUGAUUCUCAACACUGGCAUCAACUAUGAGAUAGGCCAAGAGGAGUAUGACAAUAACGACGUCAACGAUCCAUUCGUGUAUCCAUUCACCACCGAGAUCACCCAGUUCCUUAAGCCAUUCGAAGAUCAUCUGACACAGACCAACUACGACCACUUUGUUCAUCUCACGAUUGGAUUCCUCCUGAAGAAGAUCGAGGCCAGUGUAUUCACCAAGCGAUUCACACUGCUUGGUUCGCUGCAAUUCGGUAAGGACAUCAGAGCAGUCUCUAACUUUUUCACCAAGAUCUGUCGGUCGACCAUCAGAGACAAAUUUUCAAAAUUGAACCAGAUCAUCUCGUUCCUCACACUAGAGAAACUCGGUGAAGUCGAAGAGUUUUGGAGUGAGAACAGCAGUAUGUCAUCAUGGAAGCUGUCACCCACAGAAGUAAAGAAGAUCUUAUCCGUUAGAAUUGAUUUCAAUCCUGAGGCAAUAUCAAGGAUUAAAUUAUAA